GUGUGUCCAGUGUACCUUGGGCAUUUUGGGCUGAUAUGUAAAAACAAUAUCUUGGUAUCAAUAAGCUUUGUUUUGCCGAACCGGUUGAACGAGUUGGGUGUAGUUCCUGUCUGCUCCCUUUGGCCAAUGGAACCAGAUCCUCCCUGCAGUGCGUAAGAGCGCAAUUUAGGAUUUAACCAAGUCUUUGCUGCGAGGCUGGCAGCAGUCUGCGAGAGAACCCGUCUGUGUAGCACACGCAAUGUCAGCGUAAACUUAAGACCAUUAUUCUUAGGCUGCCCUUCGAUCACCACGGCUGCACAACUCGAACUAUGACUGGAGUAUUCGACAGAAGAAUUCCAAGUAUUAAAUCUACAGAUUUCCAGAACCCUUUUCAAAUUUCCACGAUGCAUCACCCGUCUCAGGAAUCGCCAACGUUGCCCGAGUCAUCGGCCACGGAUUCUGGCUACUAUAGCCCGGCUGGCGGAGUUCCUCACGGCUAUUGUUCGCCCAGUUCGACCUCGUACGGGAAGGCGCUUAAUGCCUACCAAUACCAGUACCAUGGGGUAAAUGGAUCUGCUGGAAAUUACCCUGCAAAAUCAUAUCCAGAUUACACUACGUACACGAGCGCCGCUUACCACCAAUAUGCCGGAAGCUAUAGCAGAGUGCAAGCGCAAGCGAGCCCACAAGAAAAAGAAGUGGCAGAGCCCGAAGUCAGAAUGGUGAACGGAAAACCGAAGAAAGUCCGAAAACCUCGCACGAUCUAUUCAAGUUUUCAACUUGCUGCCCUACAACGCCGAUUUCAGAACACGCAAUACCUCGCCCUGCCGGAGAGAGCUGAGCUCGCGGCCUCUCUUGGGCUCACACAGACACAGGUCAAAAUUUGGUUCCAGAACAAAAGAUCUAAACUGAAAAAGAUUAUGAAAAACGGCGAACUACCACCCGAGCAUAGCCCGAGUUCCAGUGACCCCAUGGCGUGCAACUCUCCCCAAUCUCCCGCUGUCUGGGACUCACAAGGCCCCACGAGGCCUCACAGCCACCAACAGAACAUCAACGCCACGGCAACCUUCUUGGAAAAUUCAAGUUCUUGGUAUUCUUCAGCGGGUACAGUUAACUCUCACCUUCAGGCCCCCAACUCGAUACAACACUCGUUGGUUCUUGGAUCGGGGACGUUGUAUUGAAACCUUAUUUAACUAUUUAAAUGUACUGGACUCAUGUUAAUUUUUUUUAAGGAAUAUGCAAUGUAUUAAUACGACAGUUAUAGAGAAAAGUGUAUAGUGUGUAAAUGUGUGCAUGUAAUUUAUUGCAUUUGGAACAGACAUUAAACAUGUUUUAAACGGACAAUGGAACUCCGGACACUUGGAAUGGUGCCUUCAAUUAUGACCUCAAGACUUCUCAUCCCCUAUGCAUACGCUGCAUAUGUUGAUAGGGAAAUCCAGUUGUAUAUAGUAACAAGGAGUAUCUGGUACAAAACGUGGACCUCUGAGAAUGAAUUAGAAUCUCAUAUCCAUCUGCAUUUAAUCAAAAACGAUUAAAAAGAAGCAUGAUUAGCUACAUCAUUGUGUGCAUUGAUUUAAUUGACUUCAAGAUGUGGUCGCUGGAGUUUCCGUUAUGAUAAAAUAAUCAUAAACCUUUCUUUCUAUUAAUUUAAAUAGGACUGGGAUGUGAAUACCAUAUCUAAAAAGUAGUAAUAAGCUAUGUUUUUUUUAAAAUAUAUAUAUAAAGAAAAUGUACUAUGUUCAUUUUAAAAUGGUACUCAGCUCACAAAACUAAAAUGUGGAAACAAUAUUUUUGGAGAUAACUUCGUUUUAUGUAACCUUUAAUUUCACAAUUGUGGUAGAAAAUCUAGAAAUGCAACGGGUUAAUAUAAUUUUUACCGCUACAAUUUAGGUUUAAGCAAUAUUGUUUGGAGAGGUUAUCUACGUCGCUCACCGGCUACGUUAGAGCUAAGCAGUGGUUUUAAAAGUGAGGUCUAACUGUACGCUGUAAUUUUUUAAAAUAAGAUUUGCCUGCGUCAUACUGUUGUGCCACUGAAAGAUAGAUAUAUAUCUUUCAUAAGCAUAAAUGUAUAUAUGUUUUUUCAGCAUCGGUGCAUACAUAUCAGAGCACAGUGCUGUGAUGGUUUUGAAGCUUAUAGAAGCUUUUUAUGUUGUGCUUAUGGCUUUUAAGUCAAAGUUAGAAACGAAUACCCUUUUCCCCUUAUUUUUCUUCUUCGUUGCGUUACUAUUUCUGUGAUUGUAACUGUAGUGUUUUGUGUUUAAAGUUUCGUGGAGUGAUGGGGUUUUCCCGCAGAAUGAGCUGAUAGCAUUUUUGUCUUAUUUCUUGGGUUACAUCUGGAUUCCAACCUCCCGAAAAUGUGGGUGUCGGUCUGGCAGACAGCAGUCUCUCUCUCUCUCUCUCUCUCUCUCUCUCUCUCUCUCUCUCUCUCUCUCUCUCUCUCUCUCUCUCUCUCUCUCUCUCUCUCUCUCUCUCUCUCUCUCUCUCUCUCUCUCUCUCUCUCUCUCUCUCUCUCUCUCUCUCUCUCCUUCCUUCCCUCCCCUACAAUUAGUUGCUUUGAAUGGAAGAGAGGAGGCGAAGGGGCGGCUUGGAGAUCUGAGGCAACCCGCAUUCCUGUGGGUGCAGACCGGCUCCAGCUCUCUGCCACUCCCGACCACAGUCCACACAGUCAAAUCGUGUUGGUGCUUCAUCGUAAUAAUAAUAAUGAUAAUGAUGAUGAUGAUAAUAAUAAUAAUAAUAAUAAUAAUAAUAAUAAUAAUAAUAAUAAUAAUAACGUUUCUUAUAUGUUUACUUUUAAAGCAAAUAGUUUGAGAUCGAAAAACAUUUAGGCUUUGCACCUAUAUAGGCCUAUUGAUGGCGUAUUUUGGUUGUCAUAUGUAUAGCAUGUCGAACUGAAGUUCAAAGUGCAUCUUACCGUUUGUCCCAUGGGGAAAUGUACAACUCUUUGGUUUAAGUCACGUUUUGCAAUGAAUGUUUGGGCAUCUGUUAGUCAUCCCGAUUAAAUCAUUAAAAACAUUUAUUAGACA